AUGGAUGCCAGUCGCCCGCCAUCGCAACGCAAUCGCCCCCUUUCCCAGCUGCCCCAGGACUGCUUAGUGAGUAUCCUGGACCAUCUCAGCUUGGAUGAUGCCUUGUCAUUGUCGACCAGCUGCAACGACCUGCAGGCGUCGUCCACGCCGUUUGUUCUGCGGGAUCUCAGGAUAGACUGGACCAGCAGACCCCGACGGCUGGUGUUGCAGCUGCUGCAGAUCAUCUUCAAGGAUCCUAAAAGCGCAUCGUAUGUUCAGCAUGUGAGCAUGAUGGCGUCCGGCUACCCGUGGGAGGACACGGACCCAGUAGACUGGGAAAGCGAUCGGCGCGAUUUCAAGGACGUGCCGGACCAGGCGAUAGACCUGGUGCGACGAGCCGGUGUCCCAAAUAUCGAUGAUUGGCAUCUGGGUAUCUACGGAGGAAAUAUCUAUACAUUAGCUACAGUGUUCCUCUCGCAGCUAUCAAAUAUCAAGUCCCUGCGCCUGGAUUAUUCGUUUGUCUGGUGGGACGGAUUUCCUGGUAUUAUGCUAAAGCAGGCCUUACUACAUCCUAACGGGGUAUUUUCAACAUUUGAGCAGCUGGAAUGGGUCGAGUACGGUGCGAACGUCCCUAUUGCGGAGACCGAGUACCCCGAUGAUGACGAGGUACCUGACGGAUACCCUGCAUAUAACUCGCGCCAAUUCAUGGCCUGGUUCUGCCUGCCCUCGCUACGUUAUUUGAAUAUCUGGCUGCGGGAUAUCGAAGGCCUCGAGGAAGCUAAGCCGGACCUAGAUCUCAGCAAUUUGGAAACGCUCGUUAUGGCAAGGGCAACUGCCACAGAAAAUCAUAUGUAUUACCUUCUCUCACGAGCGCUGAACCUCAAAGCCCUCCACGUCGCACUAGCCUUCGCAUGGAGAGGCGAGCCAAUUCUGGCGGAUGGUCCUAUCUUCGCGCAGGCAUUAGAGGCUAUCAGCCCGACGUUGGAGAAGCUCUCUCUGGGAGUGGAAUACUACCCAGGUACCCUCGGCGAUCACGAGUGGAACGAAGCGGAUGACGAGGCCUUCGACCCGUUCCACCAGUUCUUUACCGGCUUUACAAACCUCCAAGAGGCCGAGAUUCCGCUGGCCAUGCUUCUGGGAUGGUAUUCGGACGAGUCAGCCGAGCUUGGCCCCCUUCUGCCCGAAUCGCUCACGCAUCUAUGCCUACGAGACGACUUAACCGGCUUUUAUGAUUACGACUGGACGGAAGAUCGGGCGAUCCUGCUGCUAGAGUCCUUUCUCCGAGAUAGAAACUGGAAGGAGUAUACGCCAUCCCUGCAGCGGAUUACGUUGCGUCUUUGGGAUCAGAAUUAUACCGGUUUUAGACGGGACCAAGAGGAUCGGUUGAGAGGGGUGGCUGAAAACGCCGGAAUUGAAUUGAGCGUGGUGGUGGAUGAUCUCGGUACAGGCUUGUGGGCUUUGAAUCCAUCUUCAGUUUGA